AACGUGCGAUAACAUUUAGUUGCCGGCGUCCACGACCCGAGACACUCCUCUGCACCAUGUCUCAAUAAAAAAACAGUUUACAUACAAACGUAUUAAAUUAAAAGACUUUAAAAAUAGUAUUGUUAAGGAAAAAACUCGCCAUGGCAUUUCUAAUGAGAAGGUGUAUAGUGAAUAACAUAAGGAACAUUGAAAAAUGUCGCAACUUGUGUGUGUUAAUGCAAUGUGACAGUUAUAGUUCUCGAUAUAGUACCACAGAGCAAUCCCUCAUACGAGAAAAUCAUUUUAGAAGAAGACACUUCCAUACUACUCCUGUUGAUUACAAAACCGUCGCAUUCAAGCUUUCUGAUAUCGGCGAGGGUAUCCGAGAAGUGGUGAUUAAAGAAUGGUUCGUGAAGGUCGGUGACAAGGUGCAGCAAUUCGACAACAUCUGCGAGGUGCAGAGCGACAAAGCAGCUGUGACGAUCACCAGCCGAUACGAUGGAGUAGUCACCAAACUGUACCAUGAUGUCAACAAGACUGCGCUGGUCGGACAACCUUUGGUGGACAUCGAGACCGACGGGGACGAUGAAGGAUCUUCAUCUGAAUCUGACAAAGAAGAACAAAGCAAAGAGGUCCCCAAAUCUACAAACGAUACAACUUCUAGAGUAAAAAUACUGACUACACCAUCUGUUAGAAGAAUUGCUGCACAAUAUAAAGUAGACCUAAGCACAGUGAAAGCGACCGGAAAAAAUGGUAGAGUCAUGAAAGAAGAUCUGUUAUCCCACCUAAAUAUAACGUCGGAGAAGUCUAAUGAAAUACCAGACAUUACCACCGUGCAAGCUGUGUCAAUACCAGUAACACAGGCUCAAGCAAAAAUAGAAGUUUUAUUUGAAGACAAAGUCGUUCCUAUUAGUGGAUUUACCAGAGCUAUGGUUAAAUCUAUGACGGAAGCAAUGAAAAUACCUCAUUUCGUGUUCAGCGAUGAGUAUGACGUCACGAAAUUAGUAGAAUCCCGAGAGAUCCUGAAGACCAUGGCGCAAGAGCGAGGAGUGAAACUGACAUACAUGCCGUUAAUCAUCAAAGCUGCAUCUCUCAGUCUAGCAGCACACCCGACCCUCAACAGCAGCCUCGACAGUGCUUGCGAAAAUAUCAUCUACAAAGCAAGCCACAACAUAGGCGUUGCUAUGGACACACCCAACGGUCUAGUGGUUCCUGUAAUUAAGAAUGUUCAGAAUAAAACUAUUUUGGAAAUUGCCCGAGAUCUGAACUCACUCCAAGAAAAGGGUUCAAAGGGCCAACUAGGAUUGAACGACCUCACUGGUGGCACUUUCACCAUAUCGAAUAUUGGCAUAGUGGGUGGAACCUACACCAAACCUGUAAUUUUCCCACCACAAGUAUCAAUUGGAGCCUUGGGAAAAAUACAGGUGCUGCCAAGAUUCGACUCUGCAGGCAACGUGGUGAAGGCUCACAUCCUCACAGCGAGCUGGUCUGCCGACCACCGCGUCAUCGACGGCGUCACCAUGGCUCGAUUCUCCAACCAAUUUAAGAAAUAUCUCGAAAAUCCCUACACUCUUCUCCUGGACUUAUAAUCAACUGAAGUCUACUCCGACUUAAAAUAAAAAUCCAAGAAUUAAAUUAUAAUUUUUAUUAAAAAUUAUAAUACUUAAAAUUGCAA